AUGGAUCUUCUACCGGGUCUUCCCAAUGAUAUUGCUCUUGAAUGUCUCAUUCGUCUUCCUCUCGACCAAUUCUUUAAAGCUGCUUCUGUAUGCAGCAAUUGGAAAAACGAGAUUAAGCACCCUGCCUUUCGUCAACGACGAAAAUCUUCGGGCUUUACCCGACCCGUUUUUGCUUUGGCCCAAGCCAUGGUUACUACCAUCAGAAAACCUCAUGGUGUUACGACUCUCUCGUCUACCCAAUUCUAUCGCCUCUCUCUUUACGAUCCAGAAAAAGGAAAUUGGUACGAUUUGCCGCCCAUACCCGAGUUAGUCGAGGGGUUACCCAUGUUUUGCCGGGUUGUCGGAGUUGGGUCGGAUUUAAUUGUGAUCGGCGGGUGUGACCCGGUUAAUUGGCGGGUUAUGGACUCUGUGUUUAUCUACAAUUUCAUAUCAGGUUCGUGGCGUCGUGGGGCCGACAUGCCCGGGGAUCAAAGGUUGUUCUUCGGAUGCGGUUCGGAUUUUGAGAGAUUUGUGUUAGUCGCCGGUGGACAUGACGACGGGAAAAAUGCAUUAAAAUCGGUUUUGUUAUAUGACGUGGCAAAAGACGAGUGGGUUACGCUGCCGGAAAUGGCGAUGGAGCGAGACGAGUGUAAGUGCGUAUUUCACCGAGGGAAAUUCCACGUCAUUGGCGGCUAUCCUACGCAUGCACAAGGUCAGUUCCAGCGUAGCGCUGAGGUGUUCGAUCUCGCCACGCAGCAGUGGUGCCUCGAAGAGGACUUUCUAGGUGCUGACACGUGUCCUCAAACUUGCUUAGAAGGCGAUGAUGGGAGAUUAUACAUGUGCCAAGAUGGUGACGUGAUGGUAAAAUGUGAUGCCACGUGGAGACACGUGGCUGAAUUGCCUGCUGAGAUUUCUAACGUGUCAUAUUUGACAGCGUGGCAGGGCAAGUUGCUAACCGUGGGCAAUGCCAGAUUCGAUGAACUCCACAGAGGUUAUGAACUUCAUUUGAGUAAUAUUAGUACUAGUAGUAAAGAAAAGACAUGGACCAAAGUGGACAUACCAGAUGAAUAUUGUGGCCAUAUUCAAUCAGUUUGUUGUUUAGAGAUAUGA